AUGGGUAAUUGCAAAUCAUAUUCAGCUAAUUUUAACGUUUAUAAGAACAACACAAAUGAUUUAUAUGAAAAUUUAAUAUGCAAUUUUGUUAGGCAGGAUAAACGUAGCUUCUGUCAGAAGGCCUUUGUCAUAUAUGAAUUCUUGAAAAGAAAACUUGAAAACAAGGAUGAAUACGUGUACUAUCUUGUCAGCUCUUCCCAUAGAAAAAAGGUGAAAAAUGCAGUGGUAUAUUUGAACGAAGAUUACAACAUAGAAAUUUUGAAUUUUUUAUUAAAGUUAUUCAAAAAAAUGAACAAUGAAUACUAUAAAAACAUGAAUAAUUUUUAUUUCAGCAAUUAUUAUAAUUAUUUUCUCCGAGAUGAAUCAAAAUUUGCAAACUUUUAUGAACAAAUGAAUAUAAUACAAAAGAUAUAUAAUUUUGUACGGUUAAAAUAUAUCCUAGAAAACAUCUGUCUACAUGUCUAUUUUGAAUUGUAUGAUAAUUCGAAUGACACUUGUGAAAUGAAUGGUAAUACAAUGAAAAAAAUUUUCAACACGAAUGAAUUAGAGAAGGAAAAAUCAAUUGAAUUAUUUCAAUUGAAUAAAAAAGUAAUGGGUAGUAUAUCAACAGAAAAAAAAAAGAUAAUACAUAUAAUAAAAAAGAGUUUUAGAAAAAUCGAAAAUUUUAGUAGAAAUAAUUUGCCUUACAAUGCAUUUGAUAACUUUAAAAUGGCAAAUGUAAUGUGUCUAUACAUCCUGAAUAAUAAUUACAAAAUUAAAUCCAUAAUGUAUAACAUAUUUACCAUUUUAUUUUUUAUAAAUAAUUAUGAUGCCUUAUAUGGUGUAAAUAAUUACAUGAACCAGCAUGAAAAGGAGAACAACUCAGAUCAAAAUCAAGAUAAUGAGUAUACAAAAAAAAAAUAUGUUUUUAAGGAUAAAGUAAAAUAUUCGCUAGAACACAAAAGUGUGUAUAUAACGUACCUAUUCAUAUGUCUAUGUCUUAGUUUUGAUAAUAAAAUUGAAGAAGAUUCAUUGUUCAAUACAAAUAUUAAUAUAAAUCAAAAGGAUAUAAGUUUCAUCAAACAUGUAACCGAAUUUUUAAAUAUUUGCACAUAUUCACAAAAAAAAAAAAAAAAAUUAUUUUCACAAGAAAAUAAGGGAAAAAAUAUAUAUCAUUGUUCCAUAAGAGCUAUUAAAAAUUCUUACAUUAAUGAUAGCCUUGUAAAUUCGCAUUACAUAUGUCAGAAAAGGUAUGUAAAAAGUAUUUUAAAUGUUGGAAAUAGUAAUUAUUUUAUAAAGAAGAAUAUGAUAGUAUUUUGUUUUAUAUUAUUUGAAAAUUCACGUUAUUCUUUGUCCUGCACCAGCAGUAAAAGAAAUAACCAUGAUAAUCAAUAUGAUAAAUCGUUCUUCGAUAUGAAUAGAAGUCUGUUUCAAAAAGGAAUGCAAAUGUACGAAGGAAAGUUAGCACUGAAAAAAAAAUUCUGGAAAAAGGUGAUGCAUAGUAUGAAAUUUGGACACACUAAUAACAACAGCAAGUACUACAAUACUAAUUGUAGCAUACGUGGAACGGACAAGGACGAAGACAAUGACAUGGGUAACGAGAAAGAUAGCGAUGAAUAUAAUAAUAAUGAUAACCAUGAAUAUAAUAAUAAUGAUAACCAUGAAUAUAAAAAUAAUGAUAACCUUGAAUAUAAAAAUAAUGAUAAACACAAGAGUAACGAUAACGAGAACGACAAUAAGUUAGAAAUAAAAAAUGUUGAUUCUCCAAAUUCCAAUUUGGAAACAGUGGAUCAAGUUGAAUUUGACUUAAACAGCAUAGGGUUUUUUAGAAUCGAUUUACACAAUCUCAAUUUUGAAAGUAAGGAAACAUUUCAGGAGAAUGUUCAAAAUUUUGCAAAAUUGUACACCAUUGAAAAAAAAAAUAAUAGCCACUUUUAUAUAAAAAAAAAAAUUGAAAGCAAUAGAGAUCGCGAAUUGCUACAAAUGAUGAGAGAGAAUUUCGUACACGUAUUUAAUGUUUUAAAAACCAUGAGAAAUAAAGAAAUAUGUUACAUAUCACCAGCUAGUUAUUAUGACGAAUCGUAUGAUAAAAUAAAGAAGGAAAGGAAAACAUUUCCAAAUGGAAGUUAUAUACGAGUGGAAAGCAAUGACAAUUCUAAUCGAUCCAAAAGUACAGAAAAAACAUUUAAAAAGGAAAAGGGGGAGGAAGACGCAAAUUCGUUAAACAAAAAUUAUGUUAAUUUUGAAUCGAAAAAUGAUAUGAAUGAAGAAAACAACAUUAGACAUUUAAAUGAAUUGGAGGAAGGAAAAAAAGAUCUUCUCUGUUUUACCAUACAAAAUGAGCUCAAAAAACCAUUCUUUAUUGGGAUACAUGAUACAUUUGUCCCCUUCGAAAUGGAUAAAUUGAUUUUAAAACGUACACAUUUUAAGACGAUACAGGAGGAAGAAAUUAAAAAGGAAAAAAAUAUAUAUAAGCAAAUGCCUAGCCAUGCUAGGAUUAUUACAAAAGGGCAUAGGAAUAGUAGCACACUGCACGAACAUGAAUCCUCUGAGGAGCAGUGUGAAGAAUUGUAUUCUCAAAUAGAAAAGGAAAAACAUGAAUGUAUAAGUUCAAAACAAGAGAAAGAAAUCUUGUAUAGGGAAUUACAAAAUGCUAGUAAACAUAAAACGGAUUCAAAUAAAAAGGAAGAAAAGGCAAAUUUUUGUAUGGAAAAUUACAAUUUUGAAAAAAAUACAUGUUCCCUGAACCUUGGUAAUAUAGGUAAACGCUCUAAUUCGUUAAGUCCUUUGGAACAGUCCAGAGAGGGAAAAAACGACAAAAAUGAGGAACACCACAAGAAUGAUAAAAAUGACAAAAGGACAGAACAAAUAAUGAACAAACAUAAUCAUAUGCAUAAUUCCAAAGGCGCGCAAAUGCUUGUAAAUAAUUUCUGCACUACAUUAGAAGAGAUAGACGAUUUAGAGAGAAAUAUAAAUGCCCAAGAGUUAGAAAAUUAUGUAAUUCAUACGGGAGAAAUAAAUCAAAAUGAUGUGAAAGAAGUGAAGUGCAAUAAUAGUAUAAAGAAAGAAAAUAAAGGGGAAAGAAUAAAUAGCAAAAAGGAAGAAACGCAAAGAGAUGAAAGACGAAGAGAUGAAAGACAAAGAGAUGAAGAAGAAAAUGAAGAAGAUCCCCAUUUGAGAAACAUCGAUACUCCUACACAAAGUUAUGAAGAAGAAAUAUACCAAAACAAUGGUAUUGAUUGCUUGAAAAUAUUCAUUCAACAUAAACCAAUAGGAGAAAUGAGCUACUUUGUGAAUAACAAAUAUAUAAAUAUCCAUUUUGAUAUGUUUAAAAUACAAGGAGAGACAAAAAAACUAAUAUUUAGUACUUACGUAAACUCAGAAAACAAGGUAGACACGGAGAAUGAUACUAACAAAAUAAAUUCAGAAAAGGUAACUCAUUACAAGAUUACAUUGAAUAAUAAUGAAAAAUUUAAAUAUAUAAUAGAUUUACUAUUUUUACACUUAAAUUAUAAUAGAUUAUAUUUUAUAUAUAUUCCCAAGAAAAUUAUAAUCACCAACAGUUUCAAAUCAGAAAAUAAUCUGUUCUUGAAUUCAAUGUGUUGUAAUUGUGACAUCAUAUUAGAAAAUUUAUGUAUAACCCCCAGUGAUAGUUCAAGGAAUUCCUCAGUGAAUACCUACAUUCCUGUUUACUUCGAAAAAAUUAAUUUUAUAAAACUUAUUUUGUUCCUUCUAAUUGAUUUAGUAAAAAUUUAUAAUAAAAUUAAGAAGCUGCAAUACCAUUUUGAAAACAAAUGUAAGGAAUUUAUGAAAAAUAUCUAUGAUUAUUUCGAGGCCAAGUUAAAAAAAGGAAAUGAUAAUUUUUAUAAGGAAGAAAAAAAAGGCAAGCUUUUAUCAAUUACUAGCAAUUUGUUAAAAAAAAAUAGUGUAAAGAAUUCAGAUCAGGAGAGUUUACUCAGUAACGAUUUAAACCUUUCCUCCAUAAAACGUCGUUCAAAUUUUAGUGAGAAAUAUGCAACCUCGAAAGAAGGUAAUAAUAACGUGGAUGCAAAAUCACAAAUCAUGAAUGUGUCUUCCACUUUUCAUUCAGAACAUUGCACGAGCAAUACAAACACAGGGAAAAACGCCAAUGGUAAGGUUGACAAUAUCAGUUUAUGUGCAGAUAAGAACAGUGCUAAUGUUAACCAUGCUGGGAGCAACAACAGCACGAGCAACAAAUAUUGCAAUACCAUGGAUGAUGAGGAGACGAACAUACUUAACAAUUACCAUUUGCAUAAAAUGAAUAAUGAAAAACCUUUUGAUAUAGGGUAUAAAUACAAAAAUAUAUACAUAAAAAUAAUAGACUUGAAACUAUAUGAAUUUAUCUCAGAUUAUGUGAAUUAUAUAAGGGAAAAUAACAGUUCUUACUAUCUAUGUCCUUAUAUAUUUGUCCACAAAUUUAGGGGUCUCUGCUUUCUGUUUAUUCCAGUAUGUAGUAACUUUUAUUUGAUUUUUUAUCUUUUCUUUUUUCAUUUCUUCAAUUGUUCAAAUUUUUUUAAUUAUAAAAUAAGUUUUAGCAAAAGUAUCAAUGAGGAAGAAAUUUCGAAAGAGAAUCACAUAUUUCAGAGCAAUAAUAAUUUUUUGUAUAUUAACAACAUGAUAAGAAUAUUAAAUAUAUAUAAAAAUAACAAAUCGUAUAUGAAAUAUACCAGUCUUACUAAAGACAUAUAUAAUAACAACAACAUAUGUCACUAUUACAAAUGGAAAAAGAAUAAAAUUAUCAUUGACAUCAGGAACUCUUUUUCAACACCAUAUUUUAUUCGUACCAGAAGUUUUAUUAGUUUCAUUGAAAGUACAAAUUUACAUAUAAAUCUGAAGAAGUUAUACUUAAACAAAGAUUACAUGUUUUCUCUCAAAUUAGACAGGAAGAAUAAGCCACCCAAUGAAUUUUAUUCUAAUGCUAACGACGUAAUUUUUAUGUUUAAUUAUUAUUUUAAUGUUUAUACUUACUUUUAUGAUGAAAAAAAGAAUAACACAAAUAAGGAAUUAUUCCAUCACAAUAGAUACAUUAUUAUUCCAUAUUUUAAAGAUAUAUACAUAAGUCGUGAUAAUUUACAUGUAUAUUUAAAAAUGAUGGAAGAUGAAAAUAAAGCAGAUAUAUUUAGCGAUAAAACAUUUUUUGGUGAAGAUCAGAGAAGUUCUUGUGAAAUGCACGAUGGUAAAAUACAGUAUAAAGAUAAAGACAUAAGUAAAGAAGAAGAGGAAAAGAAAUUUUCUAAAUAUGAUUUCAUUUAUAAUUUAUAUGAAAACUGUGGAGAUAUCUUUAUAAAUUAUUUUUAUUUAUUAUUAAAUAAGCUAAUAUUUGAAAUAGUGAAUGAAAUAAAAUUAAAUAACUUUUUAAACAUUCAAAACUUUCUACAAUUAUUAAACAAAUAUGAAGUUAAUUUUGAUACCUUUUUUUGGGUACUCUAUGACAAUUAUAUGAAUAUUUACAAAAAAUAUUGUGUUCAUGCAGAAUUGGUAAAAUUUUUUAAUAAUAGCAAUCGAAAUGAGACAUUCAACUUUGAUUAUUUAAAAAAAAUGAACUACAAUUAUUGCAACAAAAAGAAAUUCUACAUUAGAAGAAUUUUAUUAUUUUCAGUAUGUGUAUUGUUGUCCUUUAUUUGUAAACGUAUACUAGAAUUUUUUGUCACAAAUUUGAACCUUCCUUAUGAAAAUGUAUUCAGUUGUAUUUGUUUCUUCUUUUUUUCAAAUAACAAACAAAGAAAUCCAAAUGAUGAUUUGCAUUUAAACCUUCUCAAAUCUAUUUAUUUUAACUUAUUUUUGUCACUGAGCUUUGUCUUACAAUACAUACCACUAAAUGUUCAACAUUUAAAUUUAUAUAGAAUUAUAAGGAAGGUCAAAAAAUAUAAAAUAAUUUUGGCCUUUUGUUUAAAUUAUAUAUGUGGCGUAAAUUUACCCUUUUAUAUGUUCUACGAGUUGAAGCAUAUGCCCCUAAAUUUAUUUAAUGAUUUUUUUUCAUUUGAUAAGGAAUUAAUAAGGAAUAUGUCUUCUAUUCAUUUUGAUUUAAAUAAUUUAAGAAGUAUGAACGAAAGUAAAGACAAAAAUUACUAUGAUGGUAAAACAUAUUUAAAAAUGAACGACAAGGAACAUAUUGAAUGGAUGGAUGAAACUUGUGAUUAUAACAUUUCCAACGAUUCAUUAGAUUUGUUUAAAAACAAAAGGAUAAACAGAAAAAUUCUAAAGCGUUUUCAUAAUAAGACUGAAAGAAAAAAAAACCUCAAUCUUAUACACCUUAUGAUUAAAAUGAAUUUUAAUGCUUGCCUAAGGACAUUUACAUUUCAUGAUUUUCCUCGUGCAUCCAACAAUAUACUCUCUUUCUUAACAAAUAAGAACAUUCAUUACUUCAAUCAAGGUAGUAGCGUUCAUUGUGACCUCUUUGCAUUAGUACGCACUCUCUUUGUUAAUUUUGUAUUUGCAUUUUGUAGAAGAGGAAAUUAUAAGAUAAACGAAUAUAAAAAUGUAAGAAAUGCAUAUUACUCCAAGGACGAAACAAAGGACACAGAAAAAAUGGCAACAAAUGAAUUAUUAAAUACUCCCCUUAUAAAAAUGACACCAGAUUUUUAUGAAAAUCCAGAAGAAUAUUCAAAAGAGUUGGAUUUACCUAUACAACAUUGUAACACAUUUAACCAAAAUAAAAAUUUCAUAUUUUGGGGGAUGCAUAAAUUAAUGGAAAAAAACAUUUUUCAUGUCCUGCUGAGCAUAAUAGAAAUACAUUAUUCUCAUUUGUUAAACAUUUUGCCAAUAUUCAUGAAGGAAAUUUUUAACUUAUUAACAUGUGAUUUAAAAAAUUAUUUAAUAAAUAUAUUUUUUUAUAUAUUUAUUAGAACGGACAAGUAUAAAAUAUGUAAUAUAAAUAAUAAGAAAAAAAGUAAAGUAAAAAGUUUCACCAAGAUGAAUAAAAAUAAUUUUUCCAAACAAAAAGAAAAUGAUGCAUUUCAGCUUAACCACAGAAGCCAUGUUUUAUGUGAAACAAAUUCAAAAGACCUUUUUUUAAACAAUUCAUUUGGUUAUUCAACAAAUAACUAUCUAGAAAUAAUAAAAAGACAAAGAUAUACCCCAAGUGAUAAUGACAAUACAGAUGAUUAUGCAUAUGGAUACUCAAAUGAAACCAAAACAGAUAAUGAUGAAACGGAAUGCGAAACUGAAAAUAAGACAGAGACAGAAAAUGAAGCAGAAACACAAACUGAGACAGAUUCGGAUUUGAAUGAAAUAAAUAAAAACGCAAAAGAAGCAGCUGUUGAAUAUGAAAAAUGUUCUUCCAGCAAUGUGAAGGAAAAAGUUAAAAUAAUUCUACUAGAUAAUGAUUACAAUGUGUAUUUAAUAGAAUUUUUCUUUAAAAUAGUUUUAAGAAUAAUUCCGUUUUUUAAACAAAAGAAAAAUAAAUACAUUAGCACAUCAAAAUCGACCAUUAUUUACAAUUUAAAAAUAAUAUUAAAUUUUUUAAGAUCUUUUCAAAAUAUUAUUUUAUCAAUGAAAAAUAAUUUUUAUGUGUUUAUAUAUUAUUUCUUCAUAAAAGGUUAUACAUCUCUUAUUUUGUUAAACACACACAGAGCGUUAAAAUGUUUUAAGAAAGUCUUUGUCCUUAUCAUAUUCUCUUUUGGAAAUCCCACAAGCUCCGAAAACAGUCAUCCAUUCUUAGUAUAUGUUACAUAUAUUUUGUAUGUAUUAACAGUUUUGUCCAAAUUAAAUAUAGUUAAUUUUCAUGAACAUGUAAUGAAAAAAGAAAAAAAUAUAUUUACCCACGAUAGCAUCGAAAAAGGGAAGACAUAUCAAUGUGACAAUAACAAUAAUGGAGAGAACGCAGGUAAUUACUCGCAGCAGAAUAAGCAGAAGAAACAGAUGCAUCCAGAAGAGCAGGGGGAAGAAAGGAAAAAUAAUACACCAUUGAGUGAAGAUAAUUUCAUGUCAAAUAACAUGUGGCUGAAACAGAAGUAUGAAGUAUGGAUGUAUUUGGAAAUAAUUCGUAGUAUUAAGACAAAUUAUGUAAAUUUUAACAAUAACAUUUAUUUAGUUCCUUUGAAUUAUUUAUUUAUAAACAUGAAAAAACUUUUUAAGAAGCAUACAGAGGAAGAAAUAAGGGUUGAUAAAUUUGGGAAAACAGAUGAUAAUGACGAGGUAGACAAAAAUUUAAAAAAAAAAAAUAAAAUAAAUUCAUCGAAAAAAGAAAAAUAUUAUGAUAAUUCCACACUAAGAGAAACCAUUUUGAAUGAUAAACUACAAGAUAACAACUUACUUAUAAACAUUAAUAACAGAUUUAUAUCACUAUACCCUACGGUUAAAAAUGUAAAAGUCCCUAAGGUUUACCUGAAGGGGGUGGGGGAUGACGUUAGUAAAACGCUCUUUAGUACCACAGAUUUUGAAAAAAGAACAAAUUUUUCUGAUCAUAACAUGGAUGCUGAGAUGAAAAAUAAAAACCCAAAAGAAAUACAAGAAAUGGACAGAUUGAAUGACAUUAAAUGUGAUAAUAAGAUAGAUAAAGAAAAACUGAAAGAGCAACAAAAUAUAAAACAAAAAAGGGAAAAUAAAAAUGCACACAUUAACACGAUUGAUGCCCCUGUGAGAGAUGAUUUACCUUCUGAAAGAGAAUCUACGAACGAUAAACACGGGAAAUACAUUUUCGGGCGCAUUGACAAAAAGGAUAUAAGUAACUUGUUAUUAUACAACCUAAUUUAUAUUAACAAAAUGAACAGAAAGUUGAAUAAAUGCAAUUUUGUUUCUUUUAAUUUCAAAUACUACCAUUAUAAAAAAAUUAUAUCAGAUUAUUGUAAGUAUUACAAAAUAAUAUUAGAAACAUUCAAGAAGAAAUUAUGCGAAAGUUAUUAUGCAUACACUUUUGGAAAUAAUGAAAAUGGAAGUCUUGCUAUCGGAAGACCCUCUUAUCUUAAGUUGUCACCAACUAUUGGCCCAAUGGGGUAUAAUAAGAAUAAAAAAACCAUAAAAAAAGGCACAGAUUUUUGGUUUACAAAUAAUUUGCAAUUGAUUCCAAUUAAAAUAAAAAAAAUAUGUAUGAAUGAAAAUAUUAUUUCAGUAAUUGAUAAAAAGCACAAUUUAUAUAUUGGUGGCUACAACACUUUAGUUGAUACUAGAAAUGAAUUAAAUAUUAAAGAGAAGAAUACGAAACGAAAAAAUAAUGAAAAAAGAAAAUUAAAAAAUAGUUCAUUGAGUAUUAAUGAAAAAAUAGAAAUUGACAAAUACUUUACAAAUUUAAGACUCAAAAAAAUGAAAAAACAAGAAAAGAAUUUUCUUGAUUAUAAUAGUUCAUCAUGCGACAGUGACAAUUUGUUAUUUGGUAAUUCAUCAAGACAAAAUGAAAUUACAAACUUCUUAAAACCAAUAUUUCAAUGUGAGAAAUUAAAUGAAUGUUGCAAUAAUGUACAGCAAAAAAAUAAUAGCCUAUGUAACUGCGCAACAUUUUGUGCCCCCUUAAACAUUGUGUCAGAUAACUUUAGCUCAUGUGAAAGUGACAAGUGCUCUUCUUUUGAUAGUGAAGAUAGUGACAUUACAUAUAUUAAAGUUAAUGAUGUAGAUGAAAUAAAGAAAAACAUGAACAUAAAUAUUCUACUUAAUAAUCAUAGAGAUAAAUUUUUUUAUGUAAAAAAAAAGAAUUAUUGUUUAAAAAAAAUGUCUAUAGACAAUUUUAAUAUUUAUAACUCUAUAUUAUACUCUUCAUCUUAUGCAAAUCAAUAUUUAGCACAUGUUUUGCCUGAUCAGAAAUCGUGCAUGAAAUUAGUAAAUAAAUUUUUUAGAAAAUCUUCUAACGAACGUUAUGAUGAAAGAAUUAAUAGUAAUUUAAAAUAUGAAACAAAUGAAAAUGUAGACAAAGGAAAACGAAACUAUGAUGAUUAUAAAUAUUCAAAAAAGUAUAUGAAAGAAAAAAAAAAAAAAAAUGAUAAAGGAAAUUGUAAGAAAAAUGUAACAUCAGCCAAAGGAAAAAGUGAAACAGUGUUGCUAGACAGCAAUCUUAAUAACAAUAAAUUCAUUUACAAUUUUAUUCAUGAUAUAAAAACUAGAGUAAAAUUUGUUGAUAUUUAUAAUGGUGCAGACUUUGUAAUAUCCAUAAAUAAUUUUGGUCAUGUGUAUUCAUGGGGAAAUAAUAAAUAUGGAUGCUUAGGGACUGGUGAUAAAAUCAAUAGAUAUGCACCUACGCUAAUUAAUCCGGGUCAUUUUUUUUUGUACGAUUUUGAAAAAUUACAGAUACACACAAAUUAUAAGACAGAAAUAAAAAUAAAGGGAUCAGAAAAGAUAAAUGCCGAAUGCUGUGAAAAUAUUUUAUAUAACUCUUUAAUACUAGAAACUAUAAAAAAAAAUAUUCAUAAUAAAAAUAAAAAUUCACAAAAUGUUUUAAAGGAAAACACUUUAAAAUCUAUUGAAACUGAUGGAAAAUUAGGCAAUGCAGGCAAUUCUAUAAAUGCAAAUAAAUGUAAAGAUGAAGACUUUUUUACUCUAAAAACAAAUAAUGUCUAUACAUCAGAAAAUAUGUUUAAUUUUGAAAAUUUAGAAGUUAAGAAUGUGAUUAUAAGUGUACAUAAAAUUUAUGUUCCGAUUAGUUCUAUUUUUUGUGGGAGCAAUCAUGUUUGCGCGUAUUCAAAUGGGUCUAUAUUUAUGUGGGGAGAACAGAAGCUAGGGCAAAUAUCCACUCCUUUUGAGAACAUUUAUUUUGAUACUUUUAAUAUAUCAGAAAUUUCAGAUAGUGACUCAAAUAAUAACUAUAAAACAACAAAAAAAAAUGAGAAAAAGGAAAAUAAAAAAAAUAAAAUAUCAGAAAUGUUAUCUUCUUCUUUAUAUUCAUCAACCACGGAGAGUUACUACUUUAAUAUGAUAGAUAAGAAGAAAAUAGAAAAUAUAAAAAACAGGUUUAACAAGGCUAAACUUCCAUUUUGCAAAAAAAAGUUUAGUUUUAAUGUCGAAAACCCCAUACAAAAUAGUUUUAAUAUAACAAAUAAUGAAAUACUUCUCAACAACAGGAAAUUAAAACUAUACUCUAAUUUUAACUCAAUGAAUAAUUCAAAAAGGAAAAAAAUUAACAACAAUUUGGUUCUUGUGCCAAUUCAAGUUUGUAUAUUUAAUUUGUCAUAUAGAGUUAAAAAAAAUGAAAGCAAAAGUAACUCAAAUAAUAAAACCAGUAAGGACUCCAUUGAAUCAAAGGAUAAGUGUAAUAUGCAAAGUUUAAUAAAUUUGCACUACAAUUUACAUGAUAUGGAAAGUUAUGAUGAUAUUGAUAAUAAUAGAAAUGAUAAUAAAAUUUCUCAAAAAAAAGUAGAAGCAGAAAAGAGCAUUUUAAAAAGAAAAAACAGCUAUGUAAGAAUAUUCGAUUACCUAGAAAAUUUUAUAAAAGCAGAAGUAGUAAAUGUCUAUAUGAGCCUUUUUAGAAAUGACAUAAAUAUCUAUACUAAUAUCCCCAACAAUACUAACAUAAAUCCUUAUGUAUAUGGAAUGAAGUUUUAUGAUUACAAUUUUUACGAUGAAAAGUAUAUGAAUGUUCAAGAUUAUUAUAAUGAAACACAAAAUAAAGAAGAAUUUACGUACAACAGUAAUAACAAAUUCAAUAAUCCCAGUGGAACUGAUUGUAAUAAGCAUGACGAUUUACGUAAAAAUGGAAUAAAUGAAAAAUACAGUUAUAAAAAGGAAUAUGAUGAUUCAUUAAAUUCACAAAAUAAAGUUGACAUUCUUAAUAUUGAGGAUCCAAACAAAUUUGUGAAAUUAAUGAAGGAAAAUGAAAUUAUUAAUCCACAGGUUUAUGAAUAUAUUGAAAAAGAAGAAACUGUAUGUAUCAAUAUUAAAUUAAUUGUCUUUUUAUUCUUAUUUGUAAAAAAAAAGUACAUGACAAUUUUCUUGAACAGUAUUUUAAUGGUAUCAAAUGUAUCAUGUGGUGAAGCAAACACUGUAAUAACAUGCCUUAAGAAAAGUAUAUAUGACAAAUAUUAUCAAUACAUAAUGAAGAACAUUACAUGUUUAGACAAUUACAAGCACAUGGAAAACGAAAAAAUGAAAUCAAAAAUGAAUAUAACUUUCCCUGACUAUUACUUCAGCUCAGCGAGUGAAACAAAUGAUUUCAUGUAUAGAAAUGAUAUCUAUGACAUUAAAAAUUACACAAGUACAAUUGUAAAUUGGGGAGAUAAAUCAUUUGAUGAAUUUAAAAUUAUGAAUUCAACAUAUUCAUGUUCGGACACAUCACGUUUAUGUCGGAUGAUAAAAGAAAUACUGGCACAUUACAUGUGCAUCUAUGUAUGUGGCAGGGAUACAAACAAUAACUUAUGCUUAAAUAACAUUAACCAAAGCGUCUACACCUUUACACGCAUUACCAACAACUUUUUUUACUACAAUUUUAAUAAUUUUCUAUAUCUGCACAAGUACAAUUACUACCUAUAUUACAUAUAUAAAAAUAAUGUUCAUAUAAAUCAUAAUAACGACAAAGCAUAUAUACAGAAUAACCCUCUUACAACCUUUAAAAAUAGAUUUAACACACUUACAAAUAAAGAAACUAAUACAAAUCUAACAAAUUCGAAAUCUCAAGGAAUUUCUCCAAAUCAAUUUAUAAUAAUAAAAAAAAUUGUUUGUAGUAACAUUGUAACAUGUGUGCUUGAUAUACAUAACAACAUAUAUAUGGCAGGAGACCUAAAGCACUAUUUUCCUAAUUAUUUUCAACAUAUAGCUUAUGGAUCAUCACCUUUUAUUAAAAUUAAUUUGAAUAAUACAAAAUCAGUAAAAAAUAUAUCAAUUAACCAAAAUAAUAUAUUUUUGAUUUACGAUGACAAUUCUUUAAAAAUAUUAGGUUAUAAUGAUUACAUUGAUUUCUUUAAAUACAAUCAUCCUAUAUUUUUUACUAAUAAACAUAACCAAAAGCAUUCAUAUAACAUGCUAACAAUACAAAAUCCUGAUUUUUUAGUAAAACAAGUAAGUGUUUAA